GAAUCGGAUUAGGCAGCCACCCAUUUCAAGCCGAAGAGAGGAGGAGAGCCAAGCGGCGACUGGACCUGGAGAGCCGGCAUGGCACGCCUGCUCCUCUCCGUCUCAGUCCCCAUGUCCGCUAGCAGCAGCCGCCGCAUUGUGGUUCCUGGUACCGCGCGGCACCGAGGCCGCAGCGGCGUCUGUGUCGCUGUGCCCGCCACCUCCACCGCCACCGCCACCCAACAAGAAUUUGACCCCGCGGCGGCGCCACCGUUCGGGCUGGGCGACAUCCGCGCCGCCAUCCCCAAGCACUGCUGGGUGAAGGACCCCUGGCGCUCCAUGGGCUACGUGGUGCGCGACGUGGUCCUGGUGCUGGGUCUCGCCGCCGCCGCGGCGCGCCUCGACAGCUGGCUCGUCUGGCCGCUCUACUGGGCGGCACAGGGCACCAUGUUCUGGGCGCUCUUCGUGCUGGGACACGACUGCGGCCACGGCAGCUUCUCCAACAACCCCAGACUCAACAGCGUGGUCGGUCACAUUCUGCACUCCUCCAUCCUGGUGCCAUACAACGGCUGGCGGAUUAGCCACAGGACGCACCACCAGAACCACGGCCACGUGGACAAGGACGAGUCAUGGCAUCCCCUCCCCGAGCGUCUGUUCAAGAGCCUGGACAGCGUCGUCCUGAUGCUGCGCUUCAGGCUGCCCUUCCCUAUGCUCGUCUACCCAUUCUACCUGGCCAACAGGAGCCCCGGCAAGUCCGGCUCCCAUUUCCACCCGGCCAGCGACCUCUUCCAGCCCAGCGAGAGCAAACAAGUGCUCACCUCCACGGCGUGCUGGCUCGCCAUGGUCGCACUCCUAGCUGGCCUCGCCUUCCUCAUGGGCCCUCUGCAGAUGCUCAAGCUCUACCUGGUCCCCUACUGGGUUUUUGUCAUGUGGCUCGACUUCGUCACCUACCUGCAUCAUCACGGACACAAUGACAAGCUUCCAUGGUACCGAGGAAAGGAAUGGACCUAUCUUCGGGGUGGCCUGACAACGCUCGACCGGGACUACGGGUGGAUCAACAACAUCCACCAUGACAUUGGGACUCAUGUCAUCCACCAUCUCUUCCCGCAGAUCCCACACUACCAUCUCAUAGAGGCAACAGAGGCAGCCAAGCCGGUGCUGGGAAAUUACUACAGAGAGCCGCAAAAGUCUGGCCCUCUCCCCUUGCAUCUACUUGGUGAUCUGGUUCAGAGCUUGAGGCGUGACCACUAUGUCAGCGACACAGGGGAUGUCGUCUACUACCAAACUGACCCCACCAUUAGCUGUUCUGGUCCAUUCACUUGACUAAUUGAGGGAGGCUGGAAGUUAUGCGAAACACAAGGAUCAGAGGCUACCGGAGAGAUCUGAUCUAUGAGCCACACACUUGCAUAUAACAAUAAGUCAAUCAUUCUUUGGGCAAAACAAGCUACAGUACAAUUUCCAGUGCUUUACUAUCAGGACUCAUUAGCACAUGCUUAGCUGGUACUGUUGCAAGAAAGCAAUGUGCAGUACCUCCGCUUAUUGCUGUCCUCACAUAUGCAGUACAUUAUUUGCAAAAUGUAAGUGGACUACCUGCGCCUUAGAUCUCUCUGCAAAAGUUGGAGACAUGGGGCUUUUCCUGACAAAUCAUGUAUUGCUGCUUGAUGACAAAAUGAGAAUAUUCUGACAAAAUAAAUAAUGCAUGGAAAUAGAAAACGAGGUACCAAGUCUUCUUUCUGGUCCA